AUGGCUAGAGUUAAAAAUGGAAAAUAAUAUUAAAAAUAGAAUCCUUAAUAGAUUUAGUAACAAUAACAACCUGUUCAAUAAUAACCUAUUCAAAAAAAUAUCAAAAAGAUUAAAUAAGCACCAUCUGAAGAAAGAAUAAUUGAGAGGAAACCUUCUCCAAAUUUGUUAUUAGAGAAAAGAACCAGAAGGGAACUAUAAUAGUAAAGUGUUAAAAAGAAAAUAAGAUAGCCUUAUAGUAUUGAUUUGAAAUUAAUUAUUAAGAUUAAGGAUAUUACCCAGAUGUUCCUAAUUUAUAAUUUCCUAAUCAAUUAAUAGAUUGUUUGAUUAAGGUGAUUUGUUCUUUUGGAAACAGUGCCAAAUUUAAUUAAAUAAUCAAAAACUUAAGUUUGUUUUACACAAAUGAAAUUCAAGAAGAAGUAGUUAAUUUAGUUUUAGCAGAAUCAGAGGAAACUGGAGCAAUAUAUGAAUUGGAGGGAAAAUUUAAAGUUACAAAUGCUUUAAUAUAAAAAGUAAAUGAUUAAAUUCAAUAUUAGCCAUUGUUAUUGAAAAAUGAUUAAAUUGGAUCAAAAAUGAAGCAUGAAGAUAUUGAUGAUGAUAAUGAUCAAUUCCAUUCACUUUCAAAUAAUCAUGCUUAAUGUAAAUAUUCUAUAUAAAAAAUAAGAAGAUCAAGAAAUAGAAGAUGAACUUAAUCAAUUUAGACAAUAUAAUUGA